AUGUUCAUCACUCGUUGACUAUUCUCAACCAACCAUAAGGAUAUCGGAACACUUUAUCUUAUGUUUGGGGCUUGAGCUGGGAUAGUAGGAACCGCUUUAAGUAUCUUAAUCCGAGCAGAACUUGGACAGCCAGGGGCUCUGCUAGGAGAUGAUCAAAUUUACAAUGUUGUAGUAACAGCUCACGCAUUUAUCAUAAUUUUCUUCAUAGUUAUACCGAUCAUAAUCGGAGGUUUUGGAAACUGACUUGUUCCACUCAUGAUUGGAGCACCAGAUAUAGCCUUUCCUCGUAUAAAUAACAUAAGCUUUUGACUCCUUCCCCCAUCAUUCCUACUCCUGCUAGCAUCAUCAAUAGUAGAAGCCGGGGCAGGUACAGGAUGAACAGUAUAUCCACCUCUAGCCGGAAAUUUGGCCCAUGCUGGAGCCUCCGUAGACCUUACAAUUUUCUCCUUGCACUUAGCAGGUGUCUCAUCAAUCCUUGGAGCAAUUAAUUUCAUCACAACAAUUAUUAACAUAAAACCCCCAGCUGUCACUCAAUACCAAACACCUCUAUUUGUAUGAUCAGUCCUAAUCACGGCAGUUCUUCUACUACUAGCACUACCAGUUCUCGCUGCGGGUAUUACCAUAUUACUGACAGACCGCAACCUAAACACCACAUUCUUUGAUCCGGCCGGAGGAGGGGAUCCAAUUCUAUAUCAACAUCUAUUUUGAUUCUUCGGACACCCAGAAGUAUACAUCUUAAUCCUUCCUGGAUUUGGUAUCAUCUCACACGUCGUGACAUACUAUUCUGGAAAAAAAGAACCAUUUGGAUAUAUAGGAAUAGUUUGAGCCAUAAUAUCAAUCGGAUUCCUGGGCUUUAUUGUAUGAGCCCACCAUAUAUUUACAGUAGGACUAGACGUGGAUACCCGAGCCUAUUUCACUUCAGCAACAAUAAUCAUUGCAAUCCCAACAGGAGUAAAAGUCUUUAGUUGAUUAGCUACCCUCCACGGAGGUAAUAUUAAAUGAUCACCAGCUAUACUCUGAGCCCUAGGGUUUAUCUUCUUAUUCACAAUUGGGGGUUUAACAGGAAUUGUAUUAUCAAAUUCAUCACUGGACAUUGUACUCCAUGACACCUACUACGUAGUAGCACACUUCCACUACGUACUAUCCAUAGGAGCAGUAUUCGCAAUUAUAGCUGGAUUUAUCCACUGAUUUCCAUUAUUCACAGGAUUUUCACUAAGCGAAACAUGAGCAAAAAUCCACUUCGCAGUAAUAUUCGUAGGAGUUAACAUAACAUUCUUCCCACAACAUUUUUUAGGUCUAUCAGGAAUACCACGACGAUAUUCCGAUUAUCCAGAUGCCUACACGACAUGAAAUGUAAUUUCAUCCAUAGGCUCAUUCAUUUCCCUAACCGCAGUAAUAAUCAUAGUAUUUAUGGUUUGAGAAGCAUUUGCAUCAAAACGAGAAGUUGAAGCAGUAGAUCUUACCUCAACUAACCUAGAAUGACUACACGGUUGUCCUCCACCCUACCACACAUUCGAAGAACCAACAUAUGUAAAAGUUAAUUAA